UCACCGGCCCCCGCUUAUAUAACUCCCUUUGGGCCCCGGGGUUUUGUCCAAUCGGGAGACAAAAAGCCUGUCUCCCCACAGUUAUUCGGAUCCGAUCACUGGAUAAGAAGGGAAGAAGGGAGAGAGAAGGGAGAGAGGGGAGAUCAUCAUCCUCGGCGCCGGCGUGGACGUGAAUGGUGAGGGAGGGAAGAGAGGGAAUGCUACUGGGAAAGUACGAGAUCGGGAGGACGCUCGGAGAGGGAAACUUCGGGAAGGUGAAAUACGCACGCCACGUGGAGACAGGGAAGGCCGUCGCCGUGAAAAUCCUCGACCGGAAGCGCAUCCAAUCCCUAAAGAUCGAUGACCAGAUAAAAAGAGAGAUUGGAACGCUGAAGCUUUUGAAGCAUCCGAACGUCGUUCGAUUACAGGAGGUAGCGGCAAGCAAAACCAAGAUUUACAUGGUCCUUGAAUAUGUGAAUGGUGGUGAAUUAUUCGACAAAAUCGAACUGAAGGGGAAGCUCUCAGAACCAGAGGGAAGAAGGCUUUUUCAGCAGCUAAUUGAUGCUAUAAGCUAUUGCCAUGAGAAGGGUGUUUACCACAGGGAUUUAAAGCCGGAGAACGUUCUUAUUGAUGCAAAAGGGAACAUAAAGAUAUCUGAUUUUGGCCUCAGUGCUUUACCUCAGCAUUUUGGGAAUGAUGGAUUGUUGCAUACAACCUGUGGCAGUCCGAAUUAUAUUGCCCCUGAGGUCCUUGCCAACAGAGGAUAUGAUGGUGCGAGGUCAGAUAUCUGGUCUUGUGGUGUAAUCUUAUACGUUAUUCUUGUGGGAUAUCUUCCAUUUCAAGAUAGAAAUCUUGCUGUUCUUUAUCAGAAGAUAUUCAAGGGAGACUUUCGGAUCCCUAAAUGGCUAUCCCAUGGUGCUCAAAACCUUUUACGGAAAAUUCUUAAUCCAAAUCCUAUCACCCGGAUAAAUGUGGCUGGAAUUAAAGAAGAUGAGUGGUUUAAGGAAGACUAUACUCCUGUUGUUCCGAAUGAUGAUGAUGAAGAUAAGAGUAUUGAUGAUGCAACUCUCUCAAUUAAAGAGCAUAAUGAGGGAGAUUUUCCAUUGUCGCCCACCCACAUCAAUGCUUUUGAGCUUAUCGGAAUGUCUUCAUUCCUUGAUCUUUCUGGCUUUUUCGAAAAAGAGGAUGUUUCUGAAAGGAAGAUAAGAUUCACGUCCAACUAUCCACCGAAAGAUUUGUUUAAUAAGAUCAAAGAUAUUGUUACAGAAAUGGGUUAUCAAGUCCAGAGGGGAUGUGGAAAGCUGAAAGUCUUGCAACAGUCCAAGGGUGCAAAGAGCCCAAAUAGCCCAGGAUCCCUUUCUGUUGUUGCUGAGGUGUUUGAGCUCAGUCCAUCUCUGUAUGUUGUAGAACUAAGAAAAUCAUAUGGAGAUUCUACAUUGUACAGACAGUUAUGUACAAAGCUAUCAAAUGAUUUAAGUGUCUGUAAAAGCCAGCAGCUUUUGAAGACACAAUCUUGCUUGCAGGAGCUCACUGGUUUUGAAGGGGAGAUGCCUGUUGCUGCUUUGUGAUCAAUAAGAAUUUGUAUCACAUAGGAUGCAGGACGAAAAAUAGUUUUCCCCAUCCACAUGUAUUUGGGACUUACCUGAAAGAACAUCAAUAUUAGAAUUGUUACAAUGUACAUAGUUGUUCCCCUUGAGAUAAAGGCCGUUGGCUUUUAUAAUAUAAAUAAAUAAUUAUUUGUGUACAAAAAUAUUCAUACAACAUCAUAUGUUCUGGACUUUGAAA